CGAUUAUUUUCGAGUGAAAAACGUUGGUGUUUGCUCGGCAGUUUUUACCAGACCAGAAUUAGAUUAUAAAAUAAACCAAUGAAGUUGGGCUGUGACGGUGCCAACUCCCUUGUGCGAAAAUCAAUGGGCUUUCACCACAUUUCAAGUAACUACAAUCACAUGGGAAUCGUGGCGACUUUAAAAUUACCACAGGAUUUCGACAACGUCGUGGCUUGGCAGAGGCAUCUACCUAACAGCGGGUUUUUGGCACUGCUUCCGUUGACCGAAGGUUUGUCAUCUAUGGUUUGGUCCACAAAUGUCGAACACGCCAAAAAACUGAUCAAAUUACCCGAAAAUGAAUUUGUGGAUGCCAUAAAUGAGGCUCUAUGGAAAGUUUAUCCUAAAAGUGGGCUGGUUGAUCAAGCCAUGCGAACUUUUGAUAAUUUGGUGCGAUUUUUCGACUUGCCGUCAAGUUCAGUGACUCAGUUGCCGCCAAAAAUUCUAGGUUGUGAUAUAAAUAGUAGGGCGAUGUUCCCUCUUGGUCUAGGGCAUGCCACGAAUUAUGUUGGGAAAGGAGUGGCGUUAGUGGGAGAUGCAGCCCAUAGGAUACACCCUUUGGCAGGCCAGGGGGUAAAUUUAGGGUUCGGUGACAUCAUCUGUUUGAACAGGAUUUUGGGCGAAGCGGUUUACUCAGGUAGCAAAAUGGGGAACUUAUUGUAUCUCAAAGAAUACGAAACGGAAAGGCAGAAACACAACGUUCCCAUGAUGCUCGUAGUUCAUGGACUUUUCCAUUUGUACAGUUCGGAAUUCACCCCUCUUGUCCUUCUACGAAGUUUGGGAUUACAAGCGACCCAUGCAUUAUCUCCCCUCAAGAAACUUCUGCUAUCAAGAGCAUCUGGUCUUCGGUAUUGGGAGACGUGACUUUUUAAAUAAACAUUACAAGUCUUCUUGGUAGACUUGUUUUUGUUAAUUUUUCACCGAUAUUUUUCUACUAAGUUGUAAACUGGUUAUGAAAUAAAUAAAUGACUAAAAAAAUGCGGCUGU